AUGGACCCGGGACUAGGACUCAUCGUCAACAGCAUCGUGCCUAACGAGGCCGAAGUCCCAAAGCUCCCGCCGAAGUCGUCACUGAAGCUACCUGACGGUUUUCUCGCAAAACCGCACGUGCGCCAUUCGCUCAAGUACAUGACAGACGAUGCGCAACGUGAAAAAGCAUUGGAGGUAGCCAUGGCUUGGAAGAAGAAAUUCGCGGCCGAGAAAUGGAGGCCUGUUGUUGCUGCUAUCGAGGCCGCAAGCAAGGAAGACAACGUUCGAUCAUCUCCACUCGACAUCCACCUGCACGAGUUCCACGCGACGGUACAUCCUGCGGAGCGACCGCGAGCUAUGACAACGGCUUCAGCACCUACAGUGCCGCAAGCAAUCUUCCAGUCGACGCCGACACGUACUGAGCUCACGCGCCUGCACACUGCGACCACUUCGCUCCCACUAAGGCGCAUUCCGGCACCUAUCACACCGCGAACGUUGCGUUGGGAUGUCAUAACGUCAGGUCCAGUAACACCUCUUUCGCCCAUGCCGAUAGGCAACUCGUUCUCUAGAGAUGGGUUCUGGGGGAAAUCUACACCACAGGUCGAGCAACAUGAGAUGUCAACACCCGUCACAGCCAUAGACCACGAACCAGCUUCUCCAAUCGUACCGAAUGAUGCAGACGCCCGGGAAAUCUACGAAAGGGUCAAGAUUGACGUUGACAGUCUUGCGCGUAAGUACUGCCUGGCCCGUAACAAUAUGCGUUACUCCGGCGAGAAUGGUUUCGUUCCAGCUACAAUGAUCAGGCUGAAAGAUGUUGAGCAAGCUGCUCAGGUAGUCCUACACUCUCGAAAAGUGAAGCUGAAAACGGCUAUUGUUGAGGACCUUCCAGAGAGGCUGCGAAGCCACGCUCUCGAUGAGGCUGCGUUGCAGCGUCAACUACGCAUUGAUGACGAGCUGGAGUUGCCGCAACAAAACGACUGGAUGAACAAUGAAACUCUCAUGCCAAUCCCAGAAGUUCUUGAUAUCACUGAAGAUCACAUGGACUAUGUGCCACCCCCCACCCACCUGGCUGUCUCAAUUCUGGACGAACAACGAGAAGCACUACGCAUGUUUCGCACGCAGCGCAAAAGCAGCGAAUUGGAACUUGACGAUACUGCACUCGAAGCAGCAUGGGCAGUGAAGAUCUUGGAGGAUGCGGAACGUCUUGUUGCGUCUGAGGCUGAUGGUUCGAGCAGCGGUGGUGACGAUGAUGAUGGUUACAGCUACGGUAAUUUCUUGCGGAGCAUCAAGAGCGAGAUGAGCACAAGUACGAGCUCAGGAGCACUGGCCUCCAUGGUGGAUGAGCUUUCCAACAGCGAUUUCAUUUCAUCUCGUUCGCGUUCCAACACACAUCAGACAGUCAGCUCGAUGAGGAACAGGGAGUUCCGACUUCCCCAUCGAUCGAGCACAAGCCCGACCAAGGGGAACCAUCUGCCAGCACGCUCACUUGUGGCCAGCAUUUCAAACGGCAGCCACAAGCACAGCAACUCCUUUAAUCAGCGCACUGAUCUUCGCAUCUCGACAGAGAUCAUCGACGAAGUUCCGAGCGGAGAGCUCAGCCCUGAGGACCGAGAGUUCAGACACCGUGGACCUAACCUCGCGGAUCUCAACCACUGGGCAGGAGAACUCAAGAAGAUGGAAGCCAUGCGAGCGCAUCGACACCGAUCGCCGACCUUUCAUCGUCGUCCAUCGACCCGUAACAAUAGAUUGAGUAGCUCGGCGCACCAACGCUCUCCAACGAAGCAAAUUUCUGUCGACGACAUCAACACCCGUAUCUCCCCGACCAGGCAACUCCACAGCCGGUUCUCCUCGUCGUCGUCAAGCUCAUCAACCCUUCUGAAACCACUUCCACGGCCGUCAUUUACAAACCACACGCCGUCAACUCCCCAGUCUGCCCCAAAAGAGGACUCGAGACCUACCAUGCUCGAUCACGAAUACCACCAGCGCAUGACGAGCAAAUCCUCCAUCAACGCAGAGCGCCGUGAUACUAGCAAAGCAUCGAUGCACAACUCUUUGCGUCGGAGCCAGCAUCUGCGGUCAACAAGCAGUGUACAGAUCCUCGUCAAAGGUAGCACACAGGAGGCGAAGGAUGAGUGGAUGAGUGAGCUGAAGCGCAUGGAAAGUCGUGAGCGGAUUAGGCAGGGAGGAGAGAGAAGGCGAACAUCUGAGCUCUUGCAAGGUGACGGGCGAGAUAGGCGUGGUGAUGACGAGGAUGGAUAAGGGAGGAAAUAUCAAAAGAUGUG